AUGAAAUCUGCUGAAUAUAACCUUCGCUUGAGGUGGGCAGAUCGGUUGGGAAUACGGUUUAUUGGUCCGGUGGAGCCUGAUCAUUGGCCAAAAACCCACGGGAGGCUAUUUGCAGAUGUACAAAAGCUUGGCCGUCGAGAAUACAGUCAUUUCGUCGAGAGUAUCUCAAUUGACUCCAUUGAAAAGCCAUGGAGAAAUUCAACGCGAAGCCGCGCUGAUCGCCUGUCUCAACUGGCAGAAAACGCAUGGAAAGAACGAAGGAAUGAAAGCAGCUGGAGGUUCGCCGUCGAGAACGAGAUAAUGCACCGAUUCUCGGUAGAGGUUGCUUGUCCGAAAUGUCGUAAUAAGUUGUGGGAGUCUGAGAUACCCGCCGCAACGGACAGCAUUCAUGUGUCGGCAGAGUUGCUUGAAGCCCGACGCCGGAAACGUAAGCCAUGUCGCUGCCCACCUACCUGGGGGCAAAGCCAGUACUUACCGAACGCUAGGUAUGACAGUGGUAUCAAUAUGCUCUUCUCUGACCGGGCGGAGCAAAAAAUUAGACAUGACCCACCUUUGCCUGUGCUCUCCCAAAAUGAAAGGCGGAAACAAUCUGAAGCGCCAGACAGAGUCUAUGGAUUGAAACAAACAGAUAACUUCAAGCUCGUUUUGGACUCGGAUGAUAAGCGCGGUGUUGCAGCUACACUUUGUCCAUCGCUACGUGAAACCUUGGAAGUCAGUCCAUUUGAGCCUGAGGGGGAGCCUCUGCUUUAUCCAUUUCUUGUCAUGGAAGCAAAGUCAAGCAAAGGGGCAGAUCGAGGGGAGGUCAACAUGCAGACAGCAUUUGUUAUUAGGCGGCUUCUAAAUGUGCAGCUCGACCUCAAGUUGGCGACUGGAGAAGAAACGCAGUGGGAAUCAGGGCCGCUUGUCUGGUUCUUGGCGUGGCGAGGUGAAAUUUGGGAAAUUUCCGCGGCGGUUGUAAAACAACCCCAGAUCGAAUAUGAAGAAGAUUCACGUUGA